AUGAUAGAGGAUAAUGCAACAGAUAUGGUGGAGGGACAUGUUGCAUCACCACUAUGGGAUCUCGUGGACUUCACAUACCACCCCCAAUACCACGAUGCCCAACUGGUAAUUCUCUGCAAAGGCCAAAUGUUUGUUAUCGAAAUGGACCCGAAAUACUUCUCAGACUCCCCGAAUCAAAAAGAAAAAUACCUCUUCUGGAUCCAGGUCGUCGACGAAGGUGAAGUAGACGGCUUUGUGGAGGAGGAUUUCUGGGACUGGGCCGUGGCUCCCCUCAUGCCAAUCCUAGAAGCACUGCCGCCUUCGCCUGGGCUGGAGACCAUUCAUGAUUUUCUCUUCGCCAGGUGCACCCAAUACAAGCUGUGUGCGGGACCCAGUGGCCCGAUUGCCACUCUCGACGAGCAGGCCAGCUCUUAUGGCUCCUCGUUUCGCGUGCCGCUCUCUGAGCGUGAGUGCGCGCCAUUCACCACAUUCUCUCCGUCGGCGGUCAAGAUCUUCAAGGGAGAUAAACCAUUAUCGUUCCCCUGGGGACAUCCGGAGCUAGUCGUUUUGCCUGACGGAACAAUAGGCGAGCUUCGCCUAGUUCACGGCGGCCAUCUUACAUUGCCUGACAAACUCGAAGCUUUUCGGAAGAUCAAUGAAUCGCUAGGCAGCGACACCUUGGUUCAGAGGAUGCACGGGCUACUCAAGAGCGAGAAUGGUGACGUUCACGGGCUCUUACUAUCCCACAUUGACUGCAAAUAUCAUGGGAUUCACUCUGCUGCCCACUCUGAAGAUGCAUCCAUGCGGCCGAAAUGGGCAAAGCAAAUACUACAGUCAGUCGAAAAACUACAUGCGGCUGGCGUAGUUUGGGGUUAUGCAGAUCCUGGCAAUGUUCUGAUCGAUCGGAACAACGACGCAUGGAUUAUUGGCUGCGGCAACGGAUACACAAAAGGAUGGACUCCUAAAGGGUUGGCUGGAACAAAGGAGGGUGACUGGCACGCUGUUGAGAAGAUACUCGGUUUUCAGUACGUGAAUGACAGAGAAUUUUACUUUGAGCGCAGGUCGAAUAUCCUCGACUCCCCACGUGGAGUCUUUGAGCAGCCAGGCACAAAAUUGUAG